AUGUCACAGAAAACGGGAGUUCCCAUUGAAACUGUUGUCACAGGGGGUCCAGGAUUGGGAUUUGUGACCUAUCCAGACGCUCUCGCACAACUUCCGGUCCCUCAGCUGUGGUCAUUCAUGUUCUUUCUGAUGUUGUUCAUGGUUGGUUUGGAUUCACAGUUCCUGAGUACUGAAGUCAUUAUUACUGCCCUGAUUGACCAGUAUCCGCGGCAGCUGAGCAAGAAGAGGAUGUUUCUAACAGGAGGAUGCUGCCUGACAGUAUUUCUGAUUGGACUCAUCUUCUGUACCCAGGGAGGGCCGUACAUGUUUCAGCUGGUCGACUGGUAUGUGUUGUCUCUCGGACCCAUGGUGAUAAGUACAAUGGAGUGUCUUGUCGUGUCGUGGAUAUAUGGUAUAAGACGAAUCAGUAAAGACGUUGAGAUGAUGAUUGGCAAGCCACUGCCGAUGCCCGUAAAGAUCCUCUGGGCUCUGGUAACGCCGACAAUCUUGAUAGUAAGUACAAUGCAGUUGCACGGUACAAUGAUGGCAUUGACGUCUCAAAUAGACAUGUGA